CCCGCCGGCACACCGCCCCCUCUACUCCCUUCUCCUCCCUCCCUUCCACUCGACUCCGCGCCCCUCUCCGCGCGGCAGGAGCCCGCGCCGGCCAGAUCCCACGGCGGGGCGGGGCGGCGGCCUCCGGCCUCCCCUGCGCCGCGUCCCGCGCGGCGGGGGCGGUGCUCGGCGCGGCCCCAGGCGACGCCGCGGGCGGAGCGCGCACCCGUGAGCAGGCGAGCGGGCACGAGGACCUAGCUGCAGCGGCGUGUCGCUGGCAGCCAUCCCGGCGGAGGCGCACGGCCUUGUCGGCGCGCGGCCACCCGCGUCGUGUCCCAGCGCCUGGCGCUGCCCGUGUGGGGCAAGCGGCAGCUUAUCGUCAUGGACGACUACACCAGCUCGUUGCGAAGGUAUUGGCUGGAGGAGGAGGAGGAAGACGAUGAUAUGGAUUUCUUGUUUGAUGAAGAUGAAGAGGAGGCCAUGACAUACAACCAUCUGCUGCAAGCAGAGAGCUCUCGCAGGCGCCGUCGAUCCGAUGCGCCACCAAAGGUCAUUCGGCAGAGAGACCUUCCUUCUGGUCACAGGAGGAUUAAAGCUGACUACUUCGUUGCAGAUCCUGUUUACAAUGAUAAGCAGUUUCGUCGAAGGUUUCGGAUGUGUAGGCAUUUAUUCAAACACAUCAAAGAGGCGGUAAAAAAUUAUGAUAACUACUUCAGAAAAAGGUGUGAUGCCACUGGCAAGGUUGGACUAUCGGCUCUUCAGAAGUGUGUCGCGUCUAUGCGCAUUCUCGCUUACGGUGUGCCGGCAGAUGCCGUUGACGAGUACGUGCGUAUUGGUGAGUCCACUGCGCGAGAAGCUUUGCAGCAUUUCUGUCGGGCUGUUAUUCAAGUUUUUGGCAAGCACUAUCUCCGGGCACCCAACUCUAUCGAUGUAGCAAGGCUUCUUGAAGAAGGACAGAAUCGUGGGUUCCCGGGGAUGCUAGGGAGCAUUGACUGCAUGCACUGGGAGUGGAGGAACUGCCCCACAGCGUGGAAGGGUCAGUUCACGGGCCGAGGGAAACAUCCGACUAUGAUCUUAGAGGCGGUUGCAUCGCAUGAUCUAUGGAUUUGGCAUGCAUACUUUGGGAUGCCUGGGAGUAACAAUGACAUUAACGUUCUUCAUAGAUCCCCUAUAUUCUCCUCUUACCUGAGGGGUCGUUCUGCCCCUGUGGAAUUUGUAGUCAAUGGGACGAACUAUAACAUGGGAUAUUACCUAGCCGAUGGGAUUUACCCAGAGUGGGCAGGGUUUGUUAAGAGUAUUCGGCACCCCAUGGAGCAAAAGACGCGACACUUUGCACAGCAACAGGAGAGUGCAAGAAAGGAUAUAGAACGUGCAUUUGGUGUGCUGCAAACUCGGUUUGCAGUGAUCCGAGGACCCGCAUAUGGUUGGCACCGUGACCAGAUUAAUGAUAUAAUGAUGACUUGUAUUAUUUUGCAUAACAUGAUAGUUGAGGAUGAACAAGAGAAUGCCCAUAACACUGAUUUCUUGGACAUCGGCCAACUAGCUGUUCCAUAUCCGAACAAUCCAGAUAGGCAGGCCUUUGUUGCAGCAAGCCAUAGGCUGCAUGACCGAACCAUGCACUUUCAGCUACAAAGUGAUCUCAUAGAGCACCAGUGGUUUAGGCUGGGAUCUCUUCAUCAGUAGAUUGUUCAGUUUUAUUAGUGUGUGGUCAUGUAAUAUUAUUCAGGACUUGUUAUAUCAUUCAGGACUUGUUAUAUCAUUCAGGACUUGUUAUAUCAUUCAGGACUUGUUAUAU